AUGAGUAUUAAAGUUAUUUUAAUACGUGAAAAUGAUAAAAGAAGGACUAAAAUGAUUGAUUGUUCAGGAAUGAAUGAAAAAGAAACGAUAGAUCAUGUUUUAAAUGAAAUUGGAAUUGUUAAUGAAGAUGAAUAUUCAAUUGAAUGGGAGAACAAUGAAAUAAGAAUUGAGAUGAAAUCAAAAGUUCGUGCUAAGAUUUUUGUUCAAAGAUUAAAGAAUAUUACUGAAAAAGAUGAAAGGGAAGAUUUAAUGACUGAUUUAGCAUAUGCAAUGAAAGAUGAAGAAGUAGGAGAAUUUAUUUGUCAAUAUGGAUUAGAUGUAUUAAUAGAGUUAUUAUAUGAUGAGAUUGCAACAGUAAAAGGACUAACAACUCUACGUAUUUCUAUGUCAAGAGAAAAAGUCUUUGAUACUGUUAUUGAGGAGCAAAGAUUUACUAAUAAAUUAUAUGAAUUAAUGGGUGAAGAAGAUGUUUCAAUUAAAUGGCAAGCAGCAGAAAUUAUAGCAAUUAUUGUUACAUUUGGUGGAAUUGAUAUUGUUAGAAAAGCAGCUAAAGAAUAUGCAAGAAAACAUGGACAACAAACGUAUGAAUUACUUUUAAAGAUGAUGAAAGAUAAAACUAUGGAAGAAACAGUAUUACUUGGGGCAUUAGUUAUUGGGUCAAUUUUUAUAGGAAGUAAUGUAGAAAAGAAGAAAUCUAUUGCAAAGAAAUUAGAAGGUAUGGGAUUAAGUAAAAUAGUAGAACAAAUGACAAUAAAUUUUCCUAACUCAGAAGAUAUUAAAACACAAGCAUUAGUAAUACAAAACAAUACUUAUUAUGCUCAAAAAGUAAAACAAGAUAAAGCUAAAAAAGAAUUUUUUAGUAUUAGUAAAAUAGUAGAAGAAGAGUCAUGUAAAAGAGACCAAAUAAGAAAUAAAUUUAAAAUAAAUGAAGAAGAAGUUAAUGAAUUAAGAAAUGAAUUAGAUUCUCUUCGUGGAGAUAUUUUAAUAUAUGAAAAUGAUAUUAAAAGACUUCAAAAAGAAAUAAUUGAUAAAAAAAAAGAAUAUAAAGAAAUGCAAUCAAAAGUUCCAACUGAAAUUAUGGGAUAUAAUGAUGCUGAAUUAAGAUCUAAAGUAUUAGAUUUAAGAAGAAAAAGAGAUAGACUUAAAUUUGAUGUUCAAGAACUUCAUAAACAAAAAAAUGAAAUUAAUGAAACAAAAGAAGAGAUGGCAUAUUUUGAUAUGAUUAAUAAAAUGCAAAAAGAUAAUAAACAAGGAAUACCUAAAAAGAAAAAUAUUCAAAAACAAGUUAAAACUGCACCACUACCAUGGCAUAAAGUAAUUACAUUACAAAGAGGAGCAGAUACUACUAUUUGGGAUGAAAUGGAAGACUUUGAUAUUAGAGAAAAAGAUACUGAAAAUUUAUUAAAUAAUUUUAAUUUUAAUGAAGUGAUUGAAGAUAAUGAUCCAAAUCAAGUUAAUUAUCCACUACAUAAAUAUCUUGGAUUUUCUCUCCUUAAAUUACAUUUACCUGCAAAUAGAAUUUUAUUACAAAAAAUUCAAAACUUAGAUAAUACUUUCCCUUUAAAAGAUAUAGAGGCAUUAAUUAAAUAUCUUCCUAAUGAUGCUGAAUAUCAAAUUAUUAAAGGUUCUAAAGGAAUUGAUGUUACUUCAGUUAUUGCUAUUCAAUUAUGUAAUGAGCCAUAUUUAACUAAUAAACUAAAUAUAUGGUAUAAAAUUAGAUGUAUUAAUAUUGAUAUUGAUAAAGCUACAACAAUUAUGACUACUAUAGCUGAUUGUCUUAAUACAUUACAAUCUUCUCAAGAAUUAUUAAUGACUUUGAAAGUUACUUUAAAUUUUGGAAAUAUUCUUAAUGCUUCUAGUCCUUUACGUUGUAGAGCUGAUGCUUUCUCAUUAGAAGCUCUUCUUUUAUUAAAAGAUGUUCCUGGUCUCUUACAAAAUGGACUUAAAUUUGUUCUUGGACAAGUAGAUCCUGUAUUAUUAUUAGAACAAAUAGCAAUUUGCAGAGAUGCUAUUUUCAAUACAGAAGAUGCUAGAGCACUUCUUCUUAAAUCAUCAAAGGCAUUAGAGCCAUUAAGCAAUGAAUUACAUGAUUUACGUAAAGUAUGUAAAGAUACUUGUUCACUUAAUUUAAAAAAUUCAAUAGAAACAUUAAAACAAACUAUUUCUAAUGCAUUUAAAGUAUCUGAACGAUUAGACAAUCUUGUAAAUUCUGUUACAGAAUGGUUUGGGUUAGAAUCUUCUGCUUCAUUUUUUAAAAUCUUUUCAGAAUUUGUUAGAGAUAUUUCAUCAGUAAUGGACGGUCAACAUCUCUCAGAAUACAUAGACCUUGAAUUGAUGCCAUUACCUUCAACGAAUUAUUCUGGUCCAGUUGAAAAUUAUGUUCAACAAAUAAUAUCAGGAGAAAAAGUUCCAAGUCCUAUUGAUCUUUUUUCAUAUUAA